AUGCCUACAGUCACUGUUGAUGAGAUUUCCAACGGUAACAUCCGGGUAACGGUUCUCAUCGACAAGGUCCAGGCACCACGCACGUUGAAGAGCACCUUUGGGGGCGGCGUGGAGGGUCGCUUCUUCCCUGACCCGUCAGCCGGAGAUGGAGUUGCCUGCUUUACGCAGCCCCUUUCCAAUGGUCAGGUGAAAUGUCAAUUGGAGCCCUGCUAUGGUGUUAUGAUUUUAUUCAUCUACUCGGUUAUACCAUGUACUCCUAAUCGUGAGUCCGUUAUUAAAUUUGCUGGAAGCUACUUGAUCCACCAGGUCAACCAACGAGAUAUUUGUUGGACCCCUCCAGUUGAUCUAACUUCCAGCGACCUAAAACUUUAG